GUUGACAUUUCGACAGUCUUGAAAUAAUUUUGGUAUUUUGCUGAAUGUAGUUGACGAUUUAAUUUGUGUGCAAAAUUAUGCGGAUAUAAAUUCACUUGUAAUGUACGUUCACUUGAUUAAACAUUUAAGAAUAUAAAUUGACUGUAACAUUUGGAACAAAUCAUUUCUAAGAGAAUAUCAGUGUAACGUUUUAAAAAGAGUGGUUAAAUUUUAUCAGGUGUUUGUUAUAAUUAUUUACUUUCUAAUUUAUCAAUAAAAUGUGUGAUAACGAUGGACGUUCCGUGUGAUAUCUUGGAUACAGUUGGUAAACAAAUUCAUGGAUCGUGGGGACUUGAAGAGUCCUAGAUAGAAAUACAUUCUCUUCCAUAAAGGUCCUGUGGAGCCGGCAGGAUGAUGCACAUGUGGCUAUGGUUCGGCUACGACCUCGGGGAGUUCAUGUUCUCCGGGCUGAACAUAUCCUCGCGCUGGUCCUUCGCCAUCACCUGGAUAGUACUGUUCUUCGUGGCACUGCUUUUCGAGGGGUCCAAGGUAUAUUUGGCGAAGGUGCAGCGUGCAGCCCACAAAAAGCUUUACCCAUACAGGUCGGACGAGAGGCGGAACCUCUUGUGUGAUAGGGAGCAGGGCAGCAUGGAGCCGACAACCAGCCGGAACGCCAGCUCCGGGCAGGUCAGCCGAUGGGCGUCACUUAGAGUACGCGCGUUAGUGAACACGUAUCAGUCAGUGGUGUUCCUGGUACAUAACGUGGUGGGCUACCUGCUCAUGUUGGCGGUGAUGGUCUACAAUGUGCAUCUGCUACUCGCCGUGGUCUUCGGGAUGAUGCUCGGCUACUUCCUGUUCGGCACGAAGUUGACGCGGCUGCAGAUGCAGUGCUUCAGCAGAAAGCGGGUGGUCAUCUGCACGCCGGAGUGCGACGACACAGCUGAGAACACAACUCCGCCUCUAUUGGACUCCUCGAUGAGUUCAGAGUCCGACUUCUUCAUCUGCCAGACUCGCACCUGCAUCCAGCCCUCACAUUACUUCCCCGCUUCCUCACAAGAGGGCAGCACCAGCGAGCAGAACGCCACCUGCUUCUACGGCGCGAAGAAAUGUCCCUCGAAGGUAGCUAGAGCUAAGAAAAUUCAGGCUUCCACAUCACACUGCCAUCACGAGAGUGAGAAAGAAGAUAGUCCUAGUGUAGAAGAUGUCCAGCUACUCCGCACUGAGCGGCAAGGCUGCUGUAAGAAGAAGCAAGAGCCGCCACCUGAGGAGAAGUGUUGUAAGAAGGAGACGACGGUGAUAGUCCACGAGCCCAGCCAGGGCUGCUGCAAGGACGAGAGUCCGGAGGAGCCGCGCCAGGACGCGCGCGAGAAGAGCCCGCAGAUCACGUGCUGCCACAACGCCAAGUCCGCGCCCAGCGACAGCCAGGAACAGAUCAUCAAGUGAGUGACAGACACGAGACACGAGUGAAGUGACACGAGGCUCAUGUAUACGCGUCGCACUGUUGUGGGUGUUUGUGCGCGCGUUUGUUGCGCCUGUAGUGUGCUCGUUCAUUGUUUUAUAUGUUUUUUAUUAUUUUGUUAAAGAAAUUAAGUCUUCCAGUGAAAGCUUAAUGUUGUUAGAGCGACACAAACGUGCCCACAGUAUUCUGUGAUACCUUCCUACUAUUCUUGAUGUCUGACUGUUAGAGUUAAGAUUCCGACUAUGCAACACAUCCAAAACAGUGGGACGUCGUAUUAGUUUAUAAAGAAUCGGUUAAUAAUGACAAGUAACGUUUAGUAUUUUUAUUUGUACAGGAAUUAAAUAUAUUUUGUUAGAUGUAGAUUUAUAAGUUUUUGUAUCGGCAUAUCACUAUUUUAUAUUUAUAAAGACUUGUGUGAGGACUAAAAGUUGUCUAGCAAAGUGUACCUGUUCUGCACAUCGCAUUGAUACUUGCAUUGGUGUGAAUCUUGCAUAAUUGUACAGUGAAGAAUAGAUGCGAUCAAAAAACAUUUUUUUUUCUAUAACGAAUAUUGUAAUGGCUAUAUGCCACUAGUCACUGACGAUUGCAUGAAAAGUAAAUCAAAUAGAAAGUACUGAUGAUAAUAGAGCCACCUCUGAUUUAUGCACUGCAAUAAAAGAAAUAAGUGUGCAUGAUAUCUGGACAGAGUUGCAGAAUGUUGAUGAAAUCGAUUACUUUUUAAAAGACACGCGGCUCUAGUUGUCCAUAGUAGGUACUUGUGAAAUGUUUUAUUUAAACCUUUGUAGACUCUUUUAUAUUAUUUUUAAAUACGAUAUACAUGUUUAUGUUACGCGGAAUGUGUUGGAAAUGUUCAAAUGUAUUGUUACAAACCAUUUUCCUGGGGUGCGAAUUUCAGUAUGCAGACUGAAAUUCGCCUUAGAAAAGUUUAUGAAGACAUGAAGACGUUACAUUAGCCAGGAAAGGGUUUGAUGUUGACUGUAUGUAAUUUAUACUUUAUACGUAAUUGUGUUCCUGGCGACAAUAUUAGUGAAUAUAGAGAAGGAAGUGCCUUACGAUGAGUUGCGUUGUGCCAAAUUUUGUUUUGUUGAACGAAGCACCUGUUUGUAAUGUAUUGUUGUUGGCUAAUAUAGACGAAUUAUUUUACUG